AUGACACAAUUUUUCAACAAAAGCACAUUGCCCGAUGCCGAUCGAUUUUGUUAUCCGGAUUCAUUUGUGACUUCGUUAACUCACAAAGAUUGCUCAGUAGAUACCGCUGCGGAACACCUCUACGAGGAUGACAUGAGACAUACGGAUAUAGACGAAUUGUUAUUCGAUCACAAAACUACUGGUGUGCAGGUGACACAUAAUGAGCCAUUGAACAAAAUUUACGAUCCACACGAGAAUGCGGUGAGCCGAGAGAACGGUCCCGAUCCGUUAAUACAACAAACUGCUGGAAUGGAUAGGACGUCCACCGAGAAACUUGACUCGACCGAACUGAACACUUCACUGACCACUUCAGCCUGUGGCGAUAUCUCAAAGCAACGUUCCACAUAG